AUGGUCUUUCCAUCUCGACAGCCGCGAUGGUUGAGGCCAUUUAUUGAGGAGCCAGGAGUUGAUGACGAUGUUCAGCCGAAGAAGCAGAGUCCACCCUAUGUGGCGAUUCUUCUCUUCAUCNNCCUCGCAAUUACUGGCUUCAUCCUACAAACUAUCAUCAGAUUCCAGUCGCCAACUGUCUUGCUAGGCAUUGCUGCCUUUCACCUUAUACUGGUCAGACCGCGGACGGCUUCGGUAUUCUUGCUCGUAUUGUAUGCGGCUCUGUUUGUCUUGCAGGCGUCGAUAUUGGCCUCCNNCCCUCAAUGGGGGUUUGAUGGCUUCAACCUCAUCGCUGCUUUCAAAAUUAUCAACAUCUGCAUUUCAGUGAUCAGCAUCGCUGCUGUUGUAAAUUUGCCACUUCGAGAACCUUCUCUGGCACGCGAUGGUAUCAGUCAACCAUACACUACACCAACAUCAGAUCUCAGAUCUCCAGAAGAUGAUCUUACCCUCUGGCAAUGGAUGACUGUUUCAUGGAUGUCAUCUCUCAUAUCCGUUGGCAAGACAAGACAGUUGAAUGACGAUGAUGUUUGGUCUCUUGGUUACGAGUUUCAGCAUCGCCAGCUACAUGAUGCUUUUCGAGAACUUCACGGAACGGUUGUCCGACGCUUAUUUCGUGCAAACUGGCACGAUCUAGCUAUACUAACAGUACUAGCAAUUCUGGAACUGGUCGCCAAUUAUUCUGCACCGAUACUGUUGCAGCAGCUUCUUAAGGCCAUGAACAACUUGAAAUACGAAGUACAGCCAGCGAUCACGUUUGCACUCCUCAUCCUUGUUGUUAGAUUGGUUGCCGCGCAAAGUUCGGUCUUCAGUCUAUGGUUUGGUAGGCGUGCCUACGAACGGUCCAGAGGAGAGAUGAUCACGAUGCUCUUUGAGAAGACGCUCAACAGGAAGAUCGUUGCUACGAUCAAAGAUGACGAAGAAAAGAANAAUGGUCAAGACACGAGCGAGGAAACAGAUUCUGACAGUUCACCUAAUGGAAAUGGUGCAUGUGAAACGCAAGGACUAUUGAAUGGCCAUGACAGCAAACCGAAUGAAAAGCAGUCAUUCUUGUCUAAGGUCUUUCGGAAGACUUGGUCCGGUGUCCAUUUCAAACGUAGCAAGAAGACCGCUCCUGUUACCGAGGACAACGCUCCUGCCUCAAUGGGCAAAAUCCUCAACUUGAUGCGUGGCGAUGUUUAUGAGGUCGUGAAUGCUAUCUUUGCUCGCAUCCUCAUCCAGAAAGAGAGGCUUCGUCGUAAAGCUACAGACACCAAACUCCAGCAAGUUUCGGCAUAUGUUGAGGCGAUUCGACACCUCAGGUGGUAUGGCUGGCAUCCUGUCUGGCUCGAAAAGAUCCUGGAAGCCAGACAAGCCGAGCUUGAUCUAAAGAUUGUGACUUUCCUGUGGAACACUACCAUCAGAUUCGUCAACAUCUUGGGCAGUGGACUACUGCCAGUCGCCGCGUUCUAUGGUUUCACAGCUCUGGCUGGUCAUGAAUUGCGAAUCGAUAUCGCAUUUCCUGCUCUCCAGCUCUUCAACAUGCUACAAAGCGAUCUGAAGGAGAUCCCGGAUCUCAUCACGGUACUGCUCAACGCAUCAGUUGCUGUAGGUCGUAUUGAGGCUUUCAUGCAAGAACCCAACAAGACUGCAGAUGAUAACGCAGCCUCAAUAUCAGAUGGUGUUCUCGAACUCAAGAAUGCUACGUUCGCAUGGCCGGGACUUUCCAAGGAAGUCCUCCGCGAUCUUACACUUUCAUUCCCACCAGGACUCAACGUCGUGUUCGGUCAGGUCGCAGCAGGAAAAAGCGCCCUGCUCCAGGCUCUUCUUGGGGAGCUCGAUCUACAUCACGGCGAGCUCAUCAAGCCAGACGCACCCAUUGCUUACUGUGCCCAAACUCCUUGGUUGCAGAGCAUGAGCAUCCGCGAUAACAUCUUGUUUUCAUCCCCUUAUGAUGAUUCAAGGUACAAGCAGACUCUUGAAGCUUGUGCCCUGACUGCAGAUCUUGCUAAUUUCAAGCACGGAGACCUGUCGAAUAUUGGAGAGAACGGCAUUGGUCUAUCUGGUGGGCANAAAGCCAGAGUUGCUCUGGCUCGUGCAGUCUACAGUCGAGCUAAGAUCCUCCUUCUCGACGAUCCGUUGAGUGCGCUUGAUCAGCAGACUGCAGAGUCUAUAGUCGCCAAAUGUUUUGGAGGCGAGCUGACCAAAGGCCGCACGAUCGUUUUGGUCACUCAUCGUACAGAUCUGUGCAAGGGUAUGGCUGAACAGCUCAUCGAGAUCACCGAUGGCGCUGCAGAGACAUUCAAUGGAGAUUCGCUACAACUCAGUCCGACCACCUCUCGCACAGCUCAAACUCUUCAGGAUGCCAAGAUGGUCAAGAUCGACGAAGCACAAGAAUCUGCUGCAGUACCCGACAAGUUUGAGGAAGAAGAACAUCGAGAGCAUGGCGGAGUCAAGGCAGCAGUGUAUUGGCAAUACAUCAAAGCUGGACGCUUGAGAUGGUGGUCUCUUGUCGUUCUGUCAGCAAUCGUCUUCCGACUACUCAUGGAAUGGGGAGAGGCCUACGGAGAGACUGAGCAGGUUUAUAACUUGCAGAUUGUCCAUGCCGAGCCUCAUAUCACAUCCUCGAGUCCUAUUUCCCGUUUCUUCGAACGAUUCCCGGAUCCCGGCGUGAACGUUUAUCCUUGGCUAAUCGCCUUUCUUGUCUUGAUCAUUGCAGAGUGUGUUGGUUUCAUGAUCUCGCAGAUCUUCAUGCUUGUCAUUACCUACACUGCUGGCAAGGGCAUGUUCAAAGACAUCAUGACAAAGGUCAGCCAUACCACGUUUCACUACUACGACGUGGUGCCUAUCGGGCGUCUGAUGAACAGGCUCACAUCUGAUGUGGGUACCAUUGAUGGCAACAUCUCAAACCAAUUCCUGGUUGUAGCCUGGCAAGCAAUCGCUUGGGUGACAUCAAUAGCUGUGAUUGCAGGUGUUACGCCAUUGUUCCUUGUCUUUUCUUUUGCACUGACCCUAGCAUUCAUCUUGAUUUUCAUGCAGUUCUUGCCUACUAGUCAAAGCUUGAGACGUCUCGAGAUGGUGUCUUUGAGCCCGCUCAUGUCGAACUUUGGCGCUCUGCUGAACGGCCUGACGACGGUUCGAGCUUUCUGUGCUCAGUCUCAGUUCCAGGAUGGCGUGAUUGCUGUGACAGAUGCCUUCCAAGGCAUGGACCAUUUCUACUGGUUCGACAUUCUCUCGGCAGUGUCAACUUUCAUUAUGACUCUGCUGGCUAUCAACUCUGGCCUAUCACCGGGAUUGACCGCUUUUGUGCUGGCAUCUGCCAGUAGAUUCGUGGUGGCAACUCAUGCCUUGUGCAAACAAUACGGUCAGCUUCAGUUGAACUUUGUCUCGGUGGAACGUGUGGUUGAGCUGCUUCACCUUGAGCAAGAAGAUGCUGGCGAGAUUGAGCCACCUGCCUACUGGCCUUCUUACAACGAUGACAUCGUCUUCGAAGAUGUGACCAUCAGAUACGCGCCACACCUCGACCCUGCAUUGUCGGAUGUGUCCUUUACCCUCAAAGGAGGUUCGAACACUGCAGUCAUUGGUCGAACCGGAUCUGGCAAAAGCACACUCGCGUUAUCACUCCUUGCAACCAUGACACCGGAGUCAGGACGCAUCCUCAUCGGCGGCAUUGAUAUCGCAAAAGUCAACAAGCAAGCCCUACGCAACCGUAUCACCUUCCUCGCUCAAGAUCCAGUAUUGUUCCCAGGCUCGUUGCGACACAACCUCGAUCCUACAGAACAGCACACAGAUGAGGAGUGCGAGAUUGUGAUUGCGCGUGUCUGUGGCAGCUACAACUGGACCUUGCAGACCCAAAUCGACACUGGCGGCAAGAACCUCAGUCAAGGUCAGCGACAACUAGUCGGGUUAGCGCGCGCGGUGCUUAGAAGAAGUGCUAUUGUGAUUAUGGAUGAGGCAACGGCGAGUAUAGACAAAGACACUGCUUGGGAGAUUCAGAGAGUGUUGAGGGAGGAGAUGGAGCAGAGCACUGUGGUCACUAUUGCACAUCGACCUUCUGCUGUUCGUGGAGCGAAUUACUGUCUUGCAUUGGGCAAUGGCAGGAUUAUCGAGAAGGGGACACCGGAAGAGGUUGAUGUGGCGAACAGUACUGUGCCAGAUACCAUCUGA